CCAUUGUUGCCCCGAGAAGCCGGCGCAGGUCCACACAAGAAGCCGCAACUGCCAUGAAACAGUCGCUUCGUCCGAAAACCCACGCGAGAUACCUGCAUGGAGCCAGUCGUAAACACCACAAGAGCCGGACAAUGAUCUACAUAUCACGAGGCUCAAUUAUGAUUAUAGUGAUGCUAAACUUCCCCGCACAUCAGAUUCCCCGGACUGCCGUAUCCUUAGUAUGUCAUCCGGGUGAAUAGGCAGCGACAUGGGUGAGUAUAUAUUGAAGUUGAGGUAUCGGAAGUGCAUUGUAUCGCCAGAUCGUUUACGAUGAAGUUUCUCUCACCAUUCCUGGCGUCUUUAACGCUUGUCUCUUCACUUGUCUCGGCCAUUUCCACCACAUUUACCAACUCCUACAACAUCAGCAACGAUGUAGAAGGCUCAGUCCAUCUAAACGGCCUCUCCUUCCAACAAAAUGCCUUGACAACCUUCGCCAACUACCAGUACGUGGCAUUCUACGCAACAGCUACCGGCUACGGCAAGCACUACGUCAACCUUGGACGCCGCCAGAUCUCCCCCUCAGUCGGAGCAUGGCAAUACUUCACCUUCACAGAUUACGUACAACAGACCCUCGAUGAACACAACACCAUCUCCAUGGGCAUAAGCGGCGACGGUAAAAUCCAUCUCUCCUUCGACCACCACGACGUCCCCAUCAACUACCGUGUAAGCAACACCGGCAUCGCCAAAACCAUCCCCUCCGAAUGGUCCGCCUCAGCCUUUUCCGCCGUCCAGCAUUCUCUUCCCGGCAGCACCGGACCCUGGACACCAUUAACCUACCCGCGUUUCGAGCGCAUCGACAACGGCGACCUGCUGAUGGAAUUCCGCAUCGGCCAAUCCGGGUCCGGCGACUCCUGGAUCCACCGCUACAGCUCCACCUCCGGCCUGUGGUCCAACGUAGGCAAGUACCUGCAAGGCGAGGACAACAACGCGUACAUCAACGGCUUCACCAACGCUCUUAAUAAGCUGUACGUGUCCUGGACUGUUCGUGAAACGCCGACGCCCUCCACAAACCACGACUUCUACUUCGCAUUCUCCGAAGACGCGGGCAGGACUUGGAAACAAACAAACGGCCAGACUGUUGCGCUGCCAAUUAAGCCCUCAACGCCAGGGAUAAAGGUGUACGACAUCCCGCAGAACAGCGAGAUCAUCAACCAGGAAGCGCAGUGUGCGGAUGAUAAGGGACGCUUCCACGCUUUGAUGCGCGACAACAGCACCGGUACAAGCACAUUCUACCACUACCUGCGCACUGCAGAUGGCAAGUUCAGCAAGACCGCUAUCAAGGCUUCUGGUCUGUCUACGCCGCCAUAUCUUGCAUACCGCGGCAAGAUCGUUGCGACCGGAGACAGUGUUAUUACGAUCCUGCCUGAUGCGCCGAAGUCGACUGUCCAGCUGUGGGGUGCAACGGCGGGUGGGAGUUGGAUUGACUGGAAGAAGCUGGGUGAGAUUGCUAAUAUGGCUGGUGAGCCGUUGGUGGAUGAGGAGAGAUUGAAGAAGUUCAAUAUUUUGAGUUUGUUUGUGAGGCAGGGUGGGCCGUUUGGCACGAGGAAGGUGCAGGUGUGGGAUUUUGGACUGAGUUUGUGAGCUUUGGGAUAGAGAUUUGAGAAACGACGUUCUAUAGACAG